AAGGCGUCCAAGGCAUCCUUGGUAGCUCGAGGCCUCGCUUCGAAAUCUAAACCUCCUGCGGUUAAAAGGUAAGCCUUUCAGGCGCAAUAUUUCCAAGUUAUGCAUAAUCUGAAAAGCUUAUUGAAGCCUUAGCUUAUGGUUCAUUAAUUUUCUCAUUUGUUUUCUUAAAGCAUAAUGAAUGUAUGCGUCCUUGUCUUCUGCUCUAUUAAUGGUUCAUCGUCAUCAUUAUCAUCAUCAUCAUCAUCAUCAUCAUCAUCAUCAUCAUAUAUCAUCAUCAUCAUCAUUAUCAUCAUAGUCCUUAUUAUCAUCAUAGAUGAAGUAUUAAAUAAAUUAUUGUGAUGAUUUGAUUAUUUUUUGUCCUCAAACUAAUUCAGAGUUCAGAAAGGACAGAAAAGUGCAGCCAAGGAAUCCAAACCUGGGUACAGUCUUUACACCUCAGAUUCUGAAGACCAGGUACUUCACAUUAACUCAUUUAGGAUGACAAUCUUCCUUGUAUGUCUCUCUGGGAUCUUUUCAGGGAGCUGAUAGUCAAACCUCAAUGGGCGAUCACUUCUUAGCAACUACCUUCCACAUUCACUUCACAUAUGGAGGAGGAGGCGAUGUCCCCGUCAAUAUUUUACUGUUGUAUUUGUGAUGGUCCUUGCCACUGUUGCAGUUUCGAAUACCCAUCUUUACGUCAUUUGUUGCAAUUUCAUCUGGCCUAUUUCGCUUGUUGGAAUUUUACCUUUACGAGCCCUCAUUAAACAAUCCAACCAGGGCUCACACUUGCAACAGCCAGGUAAAAUCACCUGUCCCAAGUCCUAAAUGACAAUCUCAGCAUUCAAACCACUUAUUUCUAGUAUUUGUUAAGAUACCAGAUUGUUGGUCAUUCAUAGGCAUCUGCAGUUGACAGAGGCUUAAACAGAUGUGCUGCAUUGCUGUCAAAUAUACUGGACAAUGAAGAUAAAGGUGAGGUUUCAUUCCUGUUAACGCUUGAAUAAUUUUGAAAUGCAGUUAGACCCUUUAAGCCCCGGUAACCACAUAGAAAUUCUCCAAACUGAUCUCCAUACAUUUCCUUAAAGAAUUAGUUGUGAGAAUUUGAUAACAGAUCAAGGCAUUUUCUCUUGGGUGAUCAUUUUAUUAAUUCUCAUAACUUAUCUCUUGAGAGAGAAAAUUGAUCUUUGUCACUAUUGGGACUUAAAGUUUGAUGGUUCUAGUGGUCAGUGGUUGGUUUGGAGAUGCAUGCACAGGAGUUCAAAACCCGGGGAAGGGGUGGGUACUGCCAUAUAUGAGCUCUAUAGGUAUGUGCUGCUGUGAAGGGUAUGGUUUCAAGCUGUUCACUCUGGGAUAGGGUAUAUAAAUCAGAGCGUUUAAGUCUAGAAUAGGGUAUCAUUUUCCAGAUUUUAAGGUUUUAAGAUUUUAACCUAUUUUAAGAUUUUAGCCUAGACUAGGGAAACCUGGAAUUGCCUCUCAAAAAUCGGCAAAUUUAUAUUUAUGCAACUCAGCCUAAAAACUACUCUAGGAUAGGGGGAUAUUUAGGGAGUUUUGUCUAGUAUAGGGUAGCAAAAUUCAGCUGCACUAGCUCUGGUAUAGGUUAAGGGUUCCAGGGUCCCAGCAGCACACCCCCACCCAAAGAUUCCUAAAGUACCCCCUUGGCUUCAAAACACUUUUUUGUGGUUUGUUUCAGGCAACUUUAGGAGUAGUUUCUGCCAGUGUGUUGUCCUGCUAAUACACUUGUUUUUCAGAUAGCACAUCACAUUCAAGAGUUGCAAGUGUGAGCAAAACUGCCAAUUCCUCCAAUAAAAAAGUUCCAGCUGUUCAACCAAUAGGAAGACCAGGAAAGUUUGACAGACAGACGGCAAAAGCAGCGAGUAGAAAAGUUGUGAUCCCCACUGCGAGCUCUGAAGACAAAGGUACAAACAUGUGAACUGUUUUACUCCUUAAGUGUUACAGUUAUGGGAAUAAAGCUCACGCUCUUUUAAAUGCCCCUUAUCUAUUAAAUGUUUUUGCUUGGGCUCUGAAAAUUCGGGGCUAUCAUUAAGAGGCGGGGGCUGGGAUUUCCCCCGGCUGCUAUAAAUCUGGCCCCCGGCUAGCCUGCAUGUCAGGUGUUAAGAGGAAAAGGGGAAGGGGAAUUCAGGCACGUGAGAGCGAGAGACGCACCCAAGGAAAGGUCCCCUUUUCCCUCCUCUUCAGGGGCCCAAAUGGUUCACGGGCAUCUCGCCACCAAAUCAUCUCACCACCAACGAAAUCGCCACCAAGUAAUGACCCUGCAUUAAUCGACAUGUUUACUGACCUAGGAUUACUUACCUAGAAUUUUUCCUUCUUGUCCAAGCUUAUUCGAAUUUGAUUACAGAGUUAUUACUUGGUGGCGAGUCGACUUCUUGGUGGUGGCGAGAUGACCGUUUCCGCCCAGAUUGCUCCCUCCUGUUCCCUUGUUAACUCCUGCCACACAGGCCGUGUUCUUACAUGUUUAAUUGCUUUUCAAUCCAGCCACUCCAUCACCAUUGCAUCGUCAUGAAGAAGUUGCUGUUAGAUCAACAGCCUACAAUGAUCGUUUAGUAUCGUCCACACCUGUUCUUACUGCAGAAGAACGACAUAAACGCCAACAGCUGCAGAGAAGAGAAGCAGAACUUCAACACGAACUAGCGCAACUCAAAGAACGUUAUGAGCUGCUUCAAGUAAGUUGCUGUCGUUUCACCCUUCUAAAAUAAUUAUUCCUGUAUUUACCCUCGGCAGUACAUGUAUUUGUAGCGCAAAGGCUAGAACAAAUCCAGCUAUCGGUUGAGGCGGGACUUGAACUCGCUUGCGCAUGGAAGCACUUAAGGCUGGAGAUUGAGCCUAGAACUAUCACUGCUCAGGAGAUUAUUAAAGAACUAGUCUUAUGUAUUUCUUUGAAUUCAGAGACAGCAAAGUCCAAGUCACCAAACGGAGCAAAAGUUACAACUGCAACAUUCCAUGAUGCAACAACUGGAGAAUCAUCAACAAAAUGAAGACAGUUCACUUCAACGCGAUGCACCUCAACGCUCAACCGGAGCGCAACCAGAAAACAUUUCAGAAAGGGAAGGAAAUCCGAAUUCCAAUCCAAGAAAAACGUCAGCAAGAAGAAGUCUGGAUUAUUCAGGAUUUUCUGUUCAAAAAAUUCAGGAAAGUGACUAUAAUGACUCUAGAUCAGGGGGGCGGAUGGAUUUAGUUGGCAGUGAAAACAAUGAUGAAAGUUUGAAACAAGGAGACCAUAAUUCCGUUCAACGGGAGAUAGAUACUGUGCCUGAACCCAAGAAACGGGUGAGAAUUGUUUCGCCUAGUUUCACUCCUUCAUCUUACGUGGACGAGGAAUUACUCCCAAAUACAAGUCAAAACCUGACAAAAUCUCUUGACGACCAGGCUGGUUUAUCCGAAGAUUCAACAACCAGACUUCUUACUCCUCCAUUGAAAGUAUCUGGUAAACCCAGCCCUGGGGAAAGAAUGCAAUCAUCAUCUGCUGAAAACCAGGCGCGGAUGAUUCAGUAUCUUGUUGAUGAACUUAGAGCGCUUCUUGGAAGUACGGGUUAGUACAGACCGUUUGCUGUUUGCUUUUUUUUUCUUUGGUAUCUGAAUGUUAAAGCAUUACCUGUGCCAACUUCGUUCCCAGGGUUCUUUUCUACCUGCCUUGCGUAGCGAGAGAAUCAGAACUCAUUAGGGCCAUUUAUACGAGGAAAAAUAAGACGCAUCUUACAUAAAACGCGUCUUAAAUAAGACGCGAACUUUCCGUAUAAACGGCACAUUUCGUCUAAAAUAAGACGCGUCUUAUUAGAUAAGACAUGCUCGUAUAAAUGGUACAGUUCGCGUCUUAUUAAAGACGCGUCUUACGUAAGACGCGUCUUAUUUUUCCUCGUAUAAAUGGCCCUAAUGACCGACUCACUAGUACAAGUGCUGCCUGAGCCGAAUAUCAUGUCUUGAGUGUACAGCGCUCUCUACUCAGAGACCAGAGCCAGACCUCGGUUGUUCAAAGGCUGGAUAGCGCUAUCCAUCGGAUAAAUCUCUAUCUAGUAGAUAGUGCAAUUUGUUUCCCUAAUACUUAUCCACUGGAUGGUGAUUUAUCUGAUAGAUAGCGCUAUCCAACGUUUGAACAACUGGGACCAGAUCGUUAACAGCUUUCAACACCCUGUGUACUCUGUUCAUAGGUGACUUGGAAGUAAAUCGACUGUUGAACGAAAUAGAUGACGCAGCUAAACUACUUCCGUAUCUUUGGGAGAAAGACAAAACAGCGUUUGCAGUUCAGGAUAUCGAGCAGGCUGUAAAGCCGUUUAAAGUCGAAAACGCUCAACUACGAAGGUUUGUAUGCGAACUUCAUUUUUGAAAUUAUGAAUGGUCGUAGUGAACCCAAACUGAUUCGCUACCACGCUCUUGUAGCAUUUGUAGAGUGUAGAAAUUUUUGUCUCAGUAACGAAAACUACUUUGAUUUACGCACCAUAAAUACAAAAACACGCGAUAUUAUGACACAGUCGACACGGAAGAAAAAUUAUUGAGUUUUUGCGGACAAGGGUCGAACCUCAACGAACCCCAGAAUUUCAUAAAUUCUUUAAUUUGUGAUGUCACACACUUUCCUCCCCUCCCAAUAUACCUCGAACUUUCUUUCACUGACUCACUCUUAUUUUGAAACUUUGUAGAAGACUCCUUAUUGCCCACCAAAAGCUCAAAGAAGGAUCAUUGAAGAAACAAGAAGAUAAGUCCUCUGCCAAGACAGAUUUAGCAUUUGAAUGUAAGUUUUUGUUCCUAGUGUUAAGCACUGACAAAAAAAAAAUACUUGUAAACCGUUUUCGGUGACUUGGAAAACAUUCGACUGAUCUGAUAUUGGUAUGUAGUCUUUGUAAUCCGUAAAUAAGGCGUAGUGCCAGGCCGAAAAAAAAGUAACUGGUUGAAAGAGCGGGAAAAGUUGCUGUAGGCCAUCCGGUGCCAAGCGCAGAAAAAAAUAACUGAUUGAAAGCGCGGGAAAACUUGCAGUAGGCCACCCUGCCAAGAGCGCACAGCGCGGGAAAACAAGCCAAGGACGGGACAAAGGUGGAAGUGGCAUCCACUCAUGUACAAUUCAUUUCAUUGUAGUUCUUCACUUCACUUUUUUGAAGACAACAAGAGCCUUCAUUGAAAAUGUUUUCCCCUUUGCUUUUCUUUUAGUGGCAGCCUGUAGGUCGGUGAACUCUGUUCUACAGAAACAACUAACAGAAGAGAAAAAUAACAAGGAGGAGCUACUAAGAAACCGUGAUCAACUUUCUCAGGUCAGAAACUUUUAUACACCUCUUUCGUUUAAAAAUCUCUGAUUUCUCUCGUUUAUCCGGGCUUUUUUGUCGAAAUGAAGUGCUAUUUAACGCGUCGAAAUGCACACAGAAGUUGACUGAGGUAUGGUAUUGGGUACGUUUUUAAGUAGACGCGACUUAUUAAAUUUUGAAGGUCCAGCAAGAUCCAUCUCGGUUAUAGAGCGUUUUCAUAUGACGUCACGGGGCCUUGUUGUUGUUCUAAACAACGGCGGCCAUGUUAGUAUUCCAAACAAAUCCUGUUGGAGUGUUUUGAAAUGGGAUUACAUAUUUUAGGUGGGAUACGAAACAUGAUUAGAGAAUCGCCUUUUGUCGGAAACACGCCGAAAACCCGCUCCUUCCCUCCAAAAUAAUUUUUUAGGGGGCACUCUACGGUUUUAAAAUCACCAUAGGCUUUGUGGGUAAUCUACUUAGGUCUUACUGUUGAGACAAUUGCGUAAUUUGUUGACUAUCAAAAAUGACUUAUUUCUUUUAUAUAAUCCGGUAGAAUUUAAGUGAAUUACAAGAGGAAAAGAAGCAGUUUCUGCUGAUUUUAUCCAAUAAGGUAAUGUGGCCUUUUUUAUAACCACAGCUUAAUUUUUUUAAUAACCAUUUACCGGGCAGUGUUAGAGUCGCAUGAUGGACGUUCUUUGGAACAAAAUGCGCAAAUCUAAUAAAUAGAUUUAGCCAAGGCUAAAAGCGAAGCUCUCUUAAAUAUUUAAAAAUUCCUCAAAGAAAAUACAAAAUCGAGUAAUACUAAAGAAAGGUUGCAAACAACGAGGACGGUAAAAAACAACAAUAGAUCUAAUUAGCAAAAAAAAACAAUUUUGCACGUGCAGCACACUUUUUACUCUAAUUAGCCAAAAAACGACUUUGCACGUGCAGCACAUUUUUUUGUACAUUUCCUUGCCGUUGUUUUGCACGACUAAAACGUAAAACUACUUUUAGACCCUGUUUACAUGGAGUGGGGGACCCCGGUCUAGUGGGGUAAGUUUCUUUUGUUUUGUGUCCCCCAGAGCGUGAAAACAAAAGAAACCAACCCCACUAGACCGGGGUCCCCCACUCCAUGUAAAUACCUACAACAAAAACAUCAGAAAAACCCAACACUGGGGAAAGAAUUCAAUCAUCAUCGGGUGAAAACAAGGCGCGGAUGACUCAAUAUCUUUUUGAUGAACUUAGAGCGCUUCUUGGAAGUACGGGUUAGUACGGACCGUUUGCUGUUUGUUUUUUUUUUUUUCAUUGGUAUCUGAAUGUUAAAGCAUUACCUGUGCCAACCUCGUUCCCAGGGUUCUCUACUACCUGCCUUGAGGAGCGAGCGAAUCAGAACUCAAUGACCGACUCACUAGUACAAGUGCUGCCUGAGCCGAAUAUCAUGUCUUGAGUGUACAGCGCUCUCUACUCAGAGACCAGAGCCAGGCCUCGGUUGUUCAAAGGCUGGAUAGCGCAAUCCAUCGGAUAAAUCUCUAUCCCGUAGAUAGUGUAAUUUGUUUCCCUAAUACUUAUCGACUGGAUAGUGAUUUAUCUGAUAGAUAGCGCUAUCCAACGUUUGAACAACUGGGACCAGAUCGUUAAUAGCUUUCAACACCCUGUGUGCUCUGUUCAUAGGUGACUUGGAAGUAAAUCGACUGUUGAACGAAAUAGAUGACGCAGCUAAACUACUUCCGUAUCUUUGGGAGAAAGACAAAACAGCGUCUGCAGUUCAGGAUAUCGAGCAGGCUGUAAAGCCGCUUAAAGUCGAAAACGCUCAACUACGAAGGUUUGUAUGCGAACUUCAUUUUUGAAAUUAUGAAUGGUCGUAGUGAACCCAAACUGAUUCGCUACCACGCUCUUGUAGCAUUUGUAGAGUGUAGAACUUUUUGUCUCAAUAACGAAAACAACUUUGAUGUACGUACCAUAAAUACAAAAACACGCGAUAUUAUAACACAGUCGACACGGAAGAAAAAUUAUUGAGUUUUUGCGGACAAGGGUCGAACCUCAACGAACCCCAGAAUUUCAUAAAUUCUUAAAUUUGUGAUGUCACACACUUUCUUCCCCUCCCAAUAUACCUCUAACUUUCUUUCACUGACUCAAUCUUAUUUUUAAACUUUGUAGAAGACUCCUUAUUGCCCACCAAAAGCUCAAAGAAGGAUCAUUGAAGAAACAAGAAGAUAAGUCCUCUAUUAAGACAGAUUUAGCAUUUGAAUGUAAGUUUUUGUUCCUAGUGUUUAGCACUGACAAAUAACAAAGAUCUGUAAACCCUUUUCGGUGACUUGGAAAACGUUUGACUGAUCUGAUAUUGGUUUGUAAUGCGUAAAUAAGGCGUAGUGCCAAGCGGGAAAAAAGUAACUGGUUGAAAGGGCGGAAAAACUUGCAGUAGGUCACCAGAGGUCAUAUAAUAGAACUUUGACAGGUGUAAUUUAUAGGUGUAGCUAUUUUUUUCAGACCCUAAAACAAAGGUUAGGUACCAAGCGCGGGAAAACAAGUAACUGGUUGAAAGGGCGGGAAAACUUGCACUAGGCCACCCAGUGCCAAGAGCGCACAACGCGGGAAAACAAGCCAAGGGCGGGAAAAAGGUGGAAGUGGCGUCCACCCAUGUGCAAUGCAUUUCAUUGUAGUUCUUCACUUCACUUUUUUGAAGACAACAAGAGCCUUCAUCGAAAAUGUUUUUCCCUUUGGUUUUCUUUUAGUGGCAGCCUGUAGGUCGGUGAACACUGUUCUACAGAAACAACUAACAGAAGAGAAAAAUAACAAAGAGGAGCUACUAAGACACCGUGAUCAACUUUCUCAGGUCAGAAAUUUUUAUACACCUCUUUCGUUGAAAAAUCUCUGAUUUUUCGCGUUUAUCCGGGUUUUUUUGUCGAAAUGAAGUGCUAUUUAACGCGUCGAAAUGCACACAGAAGUUGACUGGGGUGUGGUAUUGGGUACAUUUUUAAGUAGACGCGACUUAUUAAAUAUUGUAGGUCCAUCAAGACUCAACUCGGUUGUGAGCGUUUUCAUAUGACGUCACGGGGCCAUGCUUUUGUUCUAAACAACGGCGGCCAUGUUAGUGUUCCAAACAAAUCCUGUUGGAGUGUUUUGAAAUGGGAUGUCAUAUUUUAGGUCGGAUACGAAACAUGAUUAGAGAAUCGUCUUUUGUCGGAAACACGCCGAAAACCCACCCCACCCCUACAAAAUAAUUUUUUCCGGGGCUCUCUACGGUUUUAACAUCACCAUAAGCUUUGUGGGUAAUCUACUUAGCUUUUACUGUUGAGACAAUUGCGUAAUUUGUUGACUAUCAAAAGUGACUUAUUUCUUUUAUAUAACCCGGUAGAAUUUAAGUGAAUUACAAGAGGAAAAGAAGAAGUUUCUGCUGAUUUUAUCCAAUAAGGUAAUGGGGCCUUUUUUAUAACCACAGCUUAACUUUUUAAAUAACCAUUUACCGGGCAGUGUUAGAGUCGCAUGAUGGACGUUCUUUGGAACAAAAUGUGCAAAUCUAAUACAUAAAUUUAGCCAGGGCUAAAAGCGAAGCUCUCUUUAAUAUUUAUAAAUUCCUCAAAGAAAAUAUAAAAUUGUCUAAUACUAAAGACAAGGCGAAAACAACGAGAACGGUAAAAAAAAAACAACAAUAGAUCUAAUUAGCAAAAAAACAAAAACUUUGCACGUGCAGCACGCUUUUUUUUCUAAUUAGCAAAAAAAACAACUUUGCACGUGCAGCACAUUUUUUUUGUACAUUUCCUUGCCGUUGUUUUGCACGACUAAAACGUAAAACUACUUUUAACUUCCUAUUCAUACAUUUUAUGGAGGAAAUGUUUGUGUUCCUGUUCACUUUGUUUGUUCACUGCCGCUGGUUUUCACCUUGGUAGCCGCAAGCAUUUCUCAUUUUCUCACCGCCGUUAUAUAAUUUUCAUGUUUUUCUACCAACAAAAUUGGUCUCCACUGUUAUUUAUUUUUCGCUCUAGCUCUUUCCCUGUGAUCCAAGUCAAUGUGGAUAUUAAAAUUUGGUGGAAAGAAAGACUCGUUUUGUUGUUGUUGCUUUUUUCUCUCUAAAAGUCCUGGCGGCCAUGUGAUUUACCGCCGAAACGAGCGGGGUGCUUGAAAUGCAAAAUUUCAUCUCAGCUUUAACAUACUCGUCCUCCGACGGGCUGACUUUGGACUCCCUUCCCCCUCCCCUAGAGUCUGUACGGCCAGCGUUCGGUCUUACGCUGACGUCAUAACCAAAUUUUCGCGGAUGGAUCGUGAGGUUUAUUACCAAAUUGUCUUAGCUAUGGGACUCCGCUCAAGCGCGCGCGAGCGAGCAAGGAGCUCCGCUAAAAAAACGUAACCUAACGUAACGUAUCGUAACGUUCCUAUUUUGUUGUUUUAACCCAAAACAGGAACAAGAACUGUUGCGGUUAAAAAGAGAUUGGCAGCAAGAUGCAUCAAAGUUGACUGUUGGUAAGAUUUUAACGGGACGGUUCUUUUCUUCGUGAGGUUUAUUUUCCCGUUUCGGUGCACUUUUAUUAUGGAGUUAAAUAACGUUAUCGUCCAGUUAGCCAUCUGUUAAAUAAAGCCUGGUUUUCUGUAGCGUCAAAAUACAAUAGAGUUAAACGAAUACUUUUACAAACACCGACGCACGCGCAACCCAGGAUAUAGACACCACGAACAGUCUCUCUUUUUCCCUCUCUUUUCUCUCAGUCAGUCGAGUGAAACGCAUGAUAUACGGAGAUAUGAAGAAAAAGAGAUUAACCGCCGUCUACACAGGAGCCAACGAUUCAACGCUGCAGAUGGAAGCAAAAUUACAAAAGUUUUAACAGGGAGUUUAAACAGCGACGUUUUCGAGCGACGCACGUCAACCGAAAGUGAACCUUUUUCUCUUAUAAUAUGCCUUGACGAUACCAAAUUUGUAUUUAUAACUGUGUUUACUCUUAUAGAGACCAUCUGCUCAAUAAUUUGGUCAAAAACACGGCUCGAGAGUGCAAAAAGUCCAUUUUCGGUCGACGUGCGUGGCUCAAAACGAAAUAAGAACGCCUGUCGCGCUGGUGGAAACCAGGCUUCUCACAGUUUCGAGGCUGCGACUAAAAACUUCAGACGGUCUUAAGAAAUGGAGGUCGACAAAGAAAUGCCAGAGAAAUCCUUGUAACAGGGUUUCUUUCAUUUUAGAAAAUAAAAGAAUGAAGUCAGAUCUUGAAGCUGCCCACCUUUCCUCUGAAGCAGAGAAGAAAGAGGUCAAUAUACUUUACCUUUCUUUGAAGCAAAAGGACGCAGAAAUCGAGAGACUCAAAGAACUUACCAGGUAAAUGAUGUGUAUUUUUUGUAAUUUUAACUCCUUUUCGCAAGGACUUUUGGGAUCGCUUCUGAAGCAGUCCCAAAAGUCUUUGCGAAAGUUAAUUCGCCCCAGUUUCCCUCUUGUUUCUAAGGUGGAGAAUUAAGUAUUGAAGUUCGACAAGUUUCUCUCGUGUUCGAAUGUUGUGAGUUUGUUUAAAAUCCUGAUAUGUGUAACCACUCAAAGUAGUACUUUUCUACGGUACUGUUUAAUUUACUUUGAAUUGGUUCCGGGACGAAUUGCUUCUCAUGAAAGCUACUGUGGCACCUUUAGUUUCUUCAAUUUCUUUUUUUUUAUGCUGUGCAGUGUCAUUCUACUUUUUCCAGUCUGUGAUUGCAAUUAUAAUAACUGUUCAAUACAUGAAGGCAGGCUACUAAGUAGUAUUUUCCUUUGGUAUUGUUCAUGAAGCCAUGCCGCAAAACGCGAUUCCUUGAUUUUAUCACAAAAUCAAAGUGUGAGCUAAAUCUUAACUCGAAAAAAGUUUAUCAUUCGAAAAUUUGUUGUUCCUUUACAGCUAGCAUGAACUACAAAAAGGCGGUUUUAUUCGAAGUGUCUGGAGUAUGUGGACCUCUACAUUAACAUAGGCGAAAGCGAGAGUAGUGAACGCAAAACCAAGUUAACAUUUCCCUCAGCCGCUCCCGGCUCUCACUCUCUUUUUUUCCUAGAAGUUCGAAUAAUUUUUUUACAUUUCGUUUGCAAUCGUGUAAAAAUUCUCUGUGCCAGGUGGAUCUCACCGCGGAAUCUGCAGCGCGACACUUCGUGUAAACGUCGUAUUUUGUACUCGACAGGGGCCUUCAGCAGUCCCUGACUCGUCUUCUGUCUGACAUUCAGCAGUUUCAACCGAAGGACAUAAAAAGCGGUUCAUUGGAUAACCCCGUCUCUUUUGACGGCCUGGAUAAUCUGCUUAAGAGAGACGUCAAAACAAUGUAAGUACAUUUGAGCACUUUUCCUUUCGAUGGAACUAAAUUUCGAGGGACGCGGGCCUGAAGAAGGUUUAUGUGGGAGUCUAACAAAGCUGAGACGCGUCGAGUUUCCGCGCAUUUGCGCGUUUUCUGUACUGUUUUUGAGAAGACUAAGAGAUUACAGCGUCUUUGAUUCCCGAAGUGUCCGCCAUGAUGAAUGGGGCAGGAUUGGCAGCGUUCGAGCGUUAGAAUUGGCGCUCCGUAGUACUCUUGCCGGCUUAUUUGGUAUGUUCUAUUAGCUCCUGGUUAGAUCUGUUACUCCGUUGAUUUGUUAAUACCUGGAAAGCUUGUCGCUAUGACACCUUAAAAAAAUUUUUGGCAGUAUUUGGGACUUUAUUUGCAAAAUUGCUGAUGGUUUGUUCAUGUUCGUUAUGUACAGAGGACAACCAACAACUCUGGGGCUAUCUCCCGCUGAGGCUAAGUCACUUAUUACAGGUAACAGCAACAAUACUGCUUCUCCGAGAUUAUUUAAUCGCAAAAUUCCUCAAACGAUUGACCGCAGCGACGAGACUUUGACACGGAGGACUCAAAAUCAGCGUCCUGUGGCACAGGGCAAAAAACAUUUACGAUUUGCCGAUAGAUUAGUGUCGCAACCAGACCCCUCUCCUGCUUUCACUAGCAGGCGGCUCUCCCGUCCGCUGACCAAUGAGUACGAAGGAGCUGGGUAUAAGAUCAGCGAGGAGUCCUUUACGAAUUUGGACGGCAUGGAUUCAUUAGAGCAAGGUGCGUUAGAGGUUGAAAAUAUGGAGGAGGAACUAAACAGCGGUGAUGUAUCGCCGCUUUUGUCGGGUGAAGAGGAGGAUUUUCGAAGAGGAUUGGAAAAUCUCGACGCUAAUAUUGCAAGAAUACAGAAAAGUUUGCGAGAAACAGCUUUGAGAACGUGAAAAAGGAAAUAUUGAGGUUCAGGACAUGCAGCUAAAGUUGUCGGAAAGAUAAAUGGUUCUAACAUGGAAAAGCACAAACGAGUUCAAUGAAUCUAACUUUAUUUUUGGAAUGUUAACGACUCAUGCACGUUUAAAGAUAAUUAUUUUUAUAGUCGUAAGAAUUAAAUAUAUUUAAACUUAUCCAGGAUUUUGAGGGGCUUUUAUGAUUUAUUUCUUUCACGCAUUAAAAUUGGCUUAUUUUAACCUCGUUCCCAGGGCCAGUCGGGACGGGUAGGAGAGAAUCCUGGGAACCAGUUUGGGCUUAACCUAGUCCAUAGGCCUCAUUAUUCCCAGCGGACAUUGCGUUUAGUGUCACGUGGUCCAAUCGCCUUGGAUACAUCACCAAAGCAAAUUGACAGAGAAGGCCUGGGAAAACGCCCUUUAAGGACUAGGCAAGGAUGGACUUACUUGGAUUGGAGUUAGGGUUCUCUGACUUAAAAACGUUGGUCACCUUAUGAAGGUCACAGGGUGGAGUGUCGUGUCAACAAGACAAGGAUUUAGAACAUUUGUGCCAUGACACCACGGCAGCCGAAUAUACAGUGUUGACAAAUCCAAACAAGGAUAACAAAUCCACUACUGACGGGGUGAUAAGGAUUGUGCGUGAGGUGCUGGGUUCGACCGGGACUGAGCAGCAGGCUCUCUCGUCCGCUGACCGAUGAGAACGAAGGUGCUGGGUGUAAGAUCACUGAGCAGUCACUUGCGAAUUUGGACGGCAUGGAUUCAUCGGAGCAAGGUGCGUUAGAGGUUGAAAAUCUGGAAGAGGAACUAAACAGCGGUGAUGUAUCGCCGCUUUUGUCGGUCGAAGGUCACACAGUGGAGUGUCGUGUCAACAAGACAAGGAUUUAGAGCAUUCGUGCCAUGACACCACGGCAGCCGGAUAGGAGCAAACAGGGAAGCCUGGGGUGAAGUAACACCGGUUCAGCAAUAACGGCUCCAGAUUACCCAGUAGAAAGUUGUUUGGCGGUACUGACUAGUUUACUACUCAUUCUUAUAAGGAAAAUUAAAUUAUAAAACAAAACAGCAAGAGUCCCAGUCGAACCCAGCAUCUCACACACAAACCUUAUCACCCGGUCAGUAGUAGAUUUGUGUCCUUGUUUUUUUUAAUUGUUUGGAUUCGUCAACACCGUAUAGCAUUCCGGAUAACAACAGUGGGACUCGAAAGACCCUUGUAGCUUACUGGUCUUCAGUCGUCUCUCAGUCUCUCAUUAAUAUUAGGCUGAUUUAGCAAAAGAACGGGAACGUCCGUCGACGACGGGAAAGCGCGUGGAAAGGACUAAACGCGACUUCCGGUGCUCAAUUUGCCUCUCUGCGAUUGGUCAUUCCAGUUGUUUGAUUUGCGUGCGCCGUCGUCAACUGUUGCUAAAUCAGCCUAUUAACGAGAGAUGCGGGAACAAGGGGAGCGUCAGGGGUGAUGGGAACGAAGAAAUUUCCAUCACCCCUCGCGUUCCCUUCGGUCACUCUUCUCGCGUUCGGUCCUCCGCGUGCGAACUAAAUAGAGAGGCAGACUGGGAACGAGCCAGCUCUUGUAGCGCUGUGGUUCCUUUUGUGGUUCCCUUUAGAAAAAGAAGGAUCUGCUAAAAUCAGUUACAUUUAUAUAGAUAUUCCUGGGUUAAACAAUGACAGGUAAUUCAAUAUGCCUCCCUGUUCAAGGUCGUCUUGAAACUUAAACACCUGCUGAACAGAACAGGUUGUCAUUUUCUUCUAAUUCACAAAUGUCUUCCUCGAGUGCGACGACACUAAAAUAUCUUUAAGGAAAAAUGCUUAAACAUCUUCGCCUAAGUGGACAGCGAAAAACAAAAUUUCACCAGAGAAAAUGAAACCAACGGUAUCGUUUAGCAACGUGCUGACAAUUCUGGUAUGGACUCUCCAUCUCGCUUUCAAGGUAAAUACCAAAAUUCAUCACCCUUUACUCGUUUUUUAAAAGUUUGUUUUGCUUUUUGGUGUUGGUAACUGUUCUUCUGUUUGUUGUCUACGUUUUAAGGGAUGCUCAAUAAAAAAUCCUAGACUUUACGGAAACUAUUUGGCCUACAAUUCAGGUAAGUGCAUAAGCAAUUUACAAUCGGGAGAACAGAGCUUUGUAUUGUUGUAAUAUUCUUUAGAACUGUCUUGCAAGGAAUAGUCUCGAAACCCAAAUGCAUGGCUUCCAAGUCAACAGAGAAAUAUGAAUUUCUAACAAAACAACUCAAGUUGUUCAAUUUUAAUUUGCACGUAGUCACCACAUUGUUUAUUAGCGUGCUUAAAGGUGUUAAAUACCUGAUCCUUGACUUUAUACCAGUGAAGUUAACCUCGCUAGUCUCAUACACUUAUCAAUCAGAGAGCAGAACAUAUCAUUACUAUCUUAAAUUACAUGCCCAUAUAUGGGCAAAAAGGGCGUGGUCCAGAAAAUUUAAAUUUCAAAUGAGCAAUUUUACUACCGGUGGGUUAAUCUGAGUGACGUCGUCAUUCUCGCGAAGAGAGGAGCCAAUAGAGCUCGAAAAAGAGGACACGUGAUCAGUAAUGGAUGUACGAAUUCCCUUUUUCAAUUUCCGGCGGUUGUCACUUCUUGAGUUGAUAAUUAUAAGUCCAGCACUAAAAUAUUUGUGAAAUGUUAGUGUGGAUAUCACAUGCGGAGGACUUUCAGAAAAGCACUUCAUAAGUCUUGGUCUUUGACAAAAUUUCAACAACUAUCCUCCUAGAUACCGAAGGCAACCAGAUCGGACCUCACCUUGGUGGUGUCUUAGAAAGCGUCUACGUUAUCCCCACAUCAGCUGCACCCACGGAAGAUGGAACCGCGCGCGGAAACACGACUCCGAGCUCUACAUACGCUCAAGAAAACUUACCCUUUGUUAAUAGGAAACUUGAUCUAAGAACAAAGUUCUCUGCUCCCUCGAAUGUCAGCUCGGCAAAGAGCAGUGAACCAAGUGAUACGUAUACAGCAGAUGGUCCGCAGAAUCUAGCCUCGUAUUCGCUAGAUCCACCGAACAGUUUUCCACAGCCGACAAGUAUACCGGCAAUCGAUACUAUUUCAGUAACAUCACCAACUCCGAUGGGAUCAAUCGGUGAUGAAAUGAAGACUAUUAAGAAUCUGCCGUCGCUGCCUCCGAUUGGAAGUGAAAUGAGUGAAAACGAGAAAAUUCCUGGCAUAGAAGAGAUUACCAGCAUGCAGAUACCCCUUAGCUUCGAAGAAGAAGAGCCAUUGGAAAAAAGUUACGCUACUUCCGUUGACUUUAUACCUGGUGACGCCAAUAUUGGUUACACCAACUCUAGUCACGCUAAUCCUACAGCUAGUAGUAGCAAUGAAACUACUGCAGAUGCAAGGCGGCGAGAAUUUGUCGCCUCGAAUCCGGGUGACUUUCUUGAGACAAAGAGCAUACACCCUCUUAAACUUAGAUCUAGCCAGGUCAAAAGACAAGAGAGCGAGAAGGAAAAAACCAAUCAAAGUUCCGACAAAAACAACAGGGACAAGAAAGUAAGACAUCAUUAUGCACAUUCUAAAUUGUCAAAAAAGAGGGUGGCUAUUCCUCCUCCCAAACCCAUCGAUCCGAUCCAGCCUUUAAUGGAAAAAUUUCAAACAGAGAAAGAAGUUGGAGAUAUAAAGGAACAUGUUUUAGACAUGGAAAAGAUAAAACCACAUGAAGCGAUCGAUAAACACCUGAUCUCUCUAGAACCGCAACCCAACAUUGAACCAAUUGAAAAGCAUUUGACGAAAGAACAGUCAGACACAAUAGAGCCGAUAGAGAACCAUCAACUUAAAACGGUUAAACAGUGA